AUGCUCCUCUCCGCCGUCACGGCCUUGGCCGUCCUAGGCGCCCAGGUCGUCAACGCUGCCACAGCCGACGAAUGGCGCAACCGCUCCAUCUACCAGAUCAUCACCGAUCGCUUUGCCCCACCUUCGGACAAGGCACCAGCGCGCACUGACCCCCUCCCACUCGAGUGCAACACGGCUGAACAGACAUGGUGCGGAGGCACGUGGCUUUCUAUCAUCGACAAACUCGACUAUAUUCAGAGUAUGGGAUUCGACGCCAUUUGGAUCUCACCCACCACUGAGAAUAUCGACUUUCACACCCCUUACGGCUUUGCAUACCACGGCUACUGGGUCAACGACCUGACCAAAGUCAACCAGCGUUUCGGCUCCGAGGAUGACCUCCACACGCUCAUCGACGAGGUCCACAAGCGCGACAUGUACAUCAUGGUCGACGUUGCCAUUAACGGUAUUCCUUCGCUCAGCAACACGACUAUUCCUCCAGAGGGCUCAAUGUGGACCAAGGCGGACCAGUUCCACCCCUUCUGCGAGAUUGACUGGUCAACCCAGGACACCAACGAUAAGCAGGUCAAGGACUGCUCUCUUGGCGACGACAAACUCUGGCUCAUUGACGUCAACACUGAGAACCCCGAGGUCAUCUCGACACUCCAGUCGUGGGUCAAAGACUAUGUCACAAAGUACAAGAUCGACGGCCUGCGUAUCGACGCCGCCAAGCACGUCCCGGGCGAGUUCUGGACUGGCUUCUGCGGUGCCAGUGGUGUCUUUUGCAUGGGCGAGGUGUUUGAUGACCGCAUCGACUACACUUCGGCAUUCCAGAGGGAGAAGUGGAUGGACUCUAUUCUUGGUUUCCCCUUCUACAACGGCCUCGUCGAGGCGUUCAGCGUCAAACCCCACCGCAACAUGACAGAUCUCACAGAGCGCAUCAUCGGGACCCUCUCGCAGUUCCCAGACCCCAGCGUUCUGGGCAACUUUAUCGAAAACCACGAUACACCCCGCUUCAAGAACAUCACUGCCGACCCCCGCCUUGUGUACAACGCCAUGGUCGGCCAGUUCCUCUUCGAGGGCAUCCCAGUCGUCUACUACGGCCAGGAGCAAGGCAUGUCUUUUGGUAUCUCGGACCCUGACAACCGUGCUGCUCUCUGGACCCUCGGGUACGAGAAUGUCACAACUGUUCAGCAGGUCACGCGCCUCAACAAGAUUCGUUCUACUCUUAUCAAGGGUGAUGCCACUUACAAUGGUGAGACGUAUCUCCAGGCCCGCUCGCAGAUCCUCGCCAACACGACGUACGACAUGGCCAUCCGCAAGGGUCCAAUCAUCAUGUCGCUCACCAACCGCGGCUCGCCUGAGGAGGCCACUUCCUUUGCGAUCCAGAACACGGGCUGGCCGCGCGGUGAAGCCCUCAUCGACCUCCUCUCGUGCCUCGACUACGCCGUCGGCUCGGGUGGCUCCAUCUCCAUCUCGUACUCUCGCCAGGGCUACGGUGGCAUGCCCUACGUCUUUGCGACCGUCGAUGACGCUCGCCACAUGGGCAUCUGCAACGAUGUGCAGUUAGGCAUCGUCGAGACAAACCAGACUGGCAAGCCGUUCAGCUCGGCCGCCGUGUACGCUCCCUCGCCCCUCCUCGGCCUGGCAGCGGGCGCCGCAACCCUUCUGGCCCUAUUCUCCUUGUAA